GAUCGGUGCGCAGCGAUGGCGGGGCAGCCCCGGCAGCGCCCGGCCUGGGCGCCGCUGCUCCUGCGGCUGCUGCUGGCGGGGAUCGCUGCCUGCGACGCCAGCCCCGCGGACGACGGCGCGGGCCCCGGGGGCCGGGGACCCCGGGGACGCGCGCGAGGGGACGCGGGCGCCGACGAGGCAGUGUCGCGCCACGACUCCUCCUACGGCACCUUCGCGGGGGAGUUCUACGACCUGCGCUACCUGUCGGAGGAGGGCUACCCUUUCCCCACUGCUCCUCCUGUGGACCCAUUUGCCAAAAUCAAAGUGGAAGACUGCGGAAGAACUAAAGGAUGCUUUAGAUAUGGCAAGCCAGGUUGUAAUGCGGAGACCUGUGACUACUUCCUUAGCUACCGGAUGAUAGGGGCUGAUGUGGAGUUUGAGCUGAGUGCAGACACGGACGGUUGGGUAGCAGUUGGAUUCUCUUCAGACAAGAAGAUGGGUGGUGAUGACGUCAUGGCCUGCGUCCAUGACGACAACGGCAGGGUCCGCAUACAGCACUUCUACAAUGUGGGGCAGUGGGCAAAGGAGGUUCAGAGAAACCCUGCCAGAGAUGAAGAAGGAGUCUUUGAGAACAAUCGUGUCACCUGCAGAUUUAAGCGCCCUGUGAACGUGCCCAGAGAUGAAACGAUUGUGGAUCUGCACUUGAGUUGGUAUUACCUGUUUGCUUGGGGUCCGGCCAUUCAGGGCUCCAUCACCCGACACGACAUAGACUCCCCACCGGCUUCAGAGCGCGUUGUCAGUAUUUACAAGUAUGAAGACAUUUUCAUGCCGUCAGCUGCCUACCAGACCUUCUCCUCGCCAUUUUGCUUGCUUCUCAUUGUUGCCCUGACCUUCUACCUGCUGAUGGGAACCCCGUAGCCACAGCUGCAAGGCCAGCGGACUACAUGGAGUGCAAAGCCUUCAGUAUAUAUUUUUCAAUAAUCGCCUAUAUCAUUUUAGCUUCUGUUAUUUAAAAAAAACAAGUCGUGAUUUCAACAUUUUUGGGAAAAAAAAAGAACAAGCUUUUCUCCUAGUCAAACAGGAUUGUCAAGGCAACCCUGCUUUCGGAAAGUACUUAGAACGUUUGCAAACACUUCACGUAUGUUUUCUAUUUGAACUUUACAAUAUCUGUGCAUUGGCUUAGUAAAACUGAGAGUCAUAAUACCGAUUGGGAUUUAGACCCAGACAAAGGCUGCCUUUUGUUGGACUACAUCUCUCAUAACCUGGGCUAACAUGAUCAGAUAACACAUAGCAAGGUAGAGAAAGAGCUAGACGUGGAAAGCAUAUCUCGGAGCAGUCUUUAUUUUGAGCAGUACUGCACAAGAGGGUUUACUUUGCAUGUUGCCGUGGAGAACUUUACAGGAUGUCACAUGUGCAUCAUCAGCUCUUGAUAACAUUUCUGUGGAGCAUAAAUGCUUUUAGAUAGUCACACAGUUGAUGAGGAAUAUGGGAGAAAUUAUAGUGAUAUGCAAAUGGUUUGUAUUUAUCUAAAGAAUCUUCUCAAUUAUAGAGUAGUUAUGAGAGAAGUUUUAUAUUGCUGUUAGGAAAAAUGGAAAUAGAACUGUGAAUAUUCCUGAAGAUGUAGAAUUUCUUUAAUGAUAAAAAUAGGAGAAUUCUUAGUACUUAGAAUUUGCUUUCUUCUGGUCCUGUGUUCUACCAACUAAAGUGUUCAUGGAUGGCUCUAGCCAAUGGUGUUGUUCAAGUCAGCAUACAUUAAGUAUAAUUAAAUAUGCAUUAUGACAGACAAGUCAUCUUAAGGAAAACAUACAUGAACAUUUUUAAAGAGUGUAGCCAUCAGGAGCAAAAAUGGGGAGAAUUGACCCUAAGGUAAAUUCACCAAGAGUAUACAUUAAAAAUGUUCAAUUCUAUGUUUCCUUUUUCAAAAGAGCCAGAUACUCUUUUAGUCCAAAUACCCAUGCUAGUAGCCUACCUAGAGGAGAGACGCUGUGGGCACUUACACUGGGGGCCAUUCCCACGGUGGCGUUCCAGAAUUUUCUGAUUUGUUCCCAUGGCUUCCAAGGUGGCUCCAACUUUGUAGUUGAGCAACAUCAGACUAUGGUUUCUAAACCUAUCCCCAAGAUUCUUAGAGGUGAAUGUCUGCCUGUAGAGAGAAUGUUCAGAUUCUUCUGAACUGGCGCCAAAAUAAAGUACGUAUUGCUACUUUGUGACACUGCCCACACCCAGUUUCAAACUCAAGGUUCCAAGUUGGUGGCUCCACCUGACUACAACUGCCUCUUCACUAAGCCCUCUGAUCCUGGUCAAGCUUGGCUCUAGUAUGGCUGGCAUAUCCGCUUCUCAGCAUUAGUAGUUGGUUUAGGAGUUAGGGUUGGGAGUAUAUAGAGAUACCCGUGUUGUAAAUAAGAAGCCCACUAUUUUUAUAUCCUUUAUGUGUAUGUAGUUGAUCUAUAAAUAGCAGAGCAAACAGAGACUUCAGUUAAUAGUAGGAAUGAGUGGCAUUUCCCUUCUAUGUGUAUUUCAAAUCAAGUCACAGUUUCAUAGUCUUUGGACUCUAGUGACCAGCUCUGUGUAUUUAGCUUGGGACGUUCAGAGUUAUCCUUGCCCUUACAGUAGCUGCAUACAAGCGACUCUGCUAAGCUCCGGUGUCUUCUGCCUCUUCAGGGCCACUGCCUGUCCCAAGAGAGUCUGAAGGGCCUUGAGUUCUUCUAGCCUGCUCUCUGUCACCUGUCCUGUCUUCCCUCCUGUGGAUGACGAGCUCAUCUGUAAGGCUCUAUCUAACGUAACUCUCUCCCCCUCCAGUCUUCUGGACUACGUAGUUUUCGGACUGACUCAGCACUCCUGUAGCCUAAUGGGCUUCUUCAUCAUACAUGCCGGAGUUUACUGAAUUUCUGGCUUUUCCCUGGCCAACCCCCUCAUCAGGAGCCAUUUCUUUCUCCUCAUCCUUGUAACUGAUGCUCCUUCUUAGUAGGGACUCAGCUGACUGAUGGACCGAGUUGCAAAACCGUCCUGAUGUUAUGAGUUUACUUGGGCCAGAGGAAUCUCUUUUAUACACUUUACUUGACUAGCAAAUGUUUUUUAUAUAUUCUACUCAUGAUCCAACCAUGUCUUCCAAAACAUAAAUGACAGAAUCCUUAGUGACAGUGUGGUUUUGCCUUUCAGUGGACAUCAGUUGGUACUUUAAACAAUAAUCGUUGUCCUAAAAUAAGGAUUUCAGACAAGGGAUGUAUCGCAGCAGUUGGCCAUCAUCUCAGAGAACUGUCCACUGAUAGACAUGUUAAAGCCCUAUAGACUCCGAAUUCAUCCAUUCUUACCUAAUCUACUCCUGCUUUUAUCUCCAUUCAUUCUCUCUCUCUUUCAACAGGGCUUCUCAAUCCUCCUCCUUCAGCCUCCUGACUCGUGGCUGCUGCUCUCUCAAGCAUGCACCACCAGGUCUGACAAUAUGUUUUCAUUUUCUAUACAGUGAUUGUCCUGAGGGAGAAGCCUAUCAGCGCUUUUCGGUAAAAUGCCCAAGUGAAAUGUGAGUGGUGGACAAAUCUAGGUAGUGCUGUUUUAAGUGCUCCAUGUGGUUGAACUCUUUCAAUCCCACCGACCAGAGGAAGCAUCUGUUAUUAAUCCAGCUUGACAGAAGGAGAAACUGAGGUCGAGUUUAGCAGUGCUGGCAAGACUUUAGAGAUGCUAGUUCGAUGCCCUUGUCAUGCAAGAGGCAGCGGGGGCCGCGGGAGUCCAUAGGACUCGCUGCACCUCGUGCAAAGGCUUUCAACCUUCCAUGAAAUCGAGCCUGCUGCUCAUGCUCAAAUCAGCGAGGUGCCUUCACCUGCCCCCUAGUACUUUACAGUGACUAUGAGGACUUCUUACAGCUGUAUUUGAGGAACCAAACAGAUUUGUUUUGUAUCAUUUUAUUUCUGCUUAAAACCUUUUGAUUAUUUUUACCAGUCAUUUUAGUACUUCUUUUUUUCUUUUCCUUUCUUUCCUUUCCCUUCCCUUCUGUUCCCCUCCACUUUCCUCCCCUACCCUCCCUCCCUCCCUCUCCUUCCUUCCUUCCUUCCUUCCUUCCUUCCUUCCUUCCUUCCUUCCUUCCUUUCUUUCCAGUAAUGACAGUCGUACCCAAGGCCUUGUACACAUUAGCAGCGUGUUCUACCACCCAGCUACACCCCCAGCUCAUUUUUAGUACUAUUAAUGUUUUUCAUACUAAUGUGUCAAUUGGACAUGAUUGGAAGAGUGCGUUUUUCUUAGCUUUCAAACAUGAUUUUCUUAAAACCAUGGUCUGUCUUACAACAUGGAACUCCACAUGCUUUUUUUGUCCCUCUAUGGUCAAACAUGUACUCCGACAAAAUCCAGAAGCUUCAUUCAGUUACCUUGGGUUGGUUUUUGUCCUUAAAGAAAUCAGAAAGUUUGACAACUGAGGGAUGGAUUUCCAUUCCAGUGUAUUCAUACUAUUUUUUUGCAAUCCAAGUUUACUGUUUGUAUUCAGGAUUUUGUCUUAAGUGAUGUUAGCACUGAAGUUGAAUGCCAUUCUUAGCUCUAUCCUGGGAUUUCUUAAAUUUUCCUUGUAAAGGGCCAGGUUGUGAACAUUUUAAACUCUGUAUUUGUGCUCUGCUCUGCCACAGACAGUUCAUAAGUGAACAAGCAGGGCUGCACAUUAAUACAACAACUGAAAUUUGAACUUCAUAUACUUUGCAGAUGCCAAAAUGUUAUAUUGAGUUUUAAAAAGCUUUUGGAAAUGAAAAAUUCAUUCUUAGUUUGCAGGCUGAACAAAAACAGGAAGUAGGCUGGGCUAGGCUCCCGGACUUUGGUUUUCCCACAGUAGCUUUAGUCAUGGGCAUACUAUCUAUCCAGUCCAUUGUAAAUCAUAUCACCAGUAACUUACUGUUAGCUAGUUGUCAAAGUUAGUGAGUACUUUGUUUAAACAUGAUUUAUAGUUGGUUUGCUGUUAUAACUGAAUAUCGUAGUGACAUCCUUACACAUUUAUGUUCUAAUGUGUUUUCUGGAGUUAGCACAAAAGAGGUAACAGUAAAGAACCAAUCUAGGUAAGUUACAGCUUUGUUUUGCCUGAAGUCUGGCAAUCAUGAACGUGUUUCACUGUUGAGCUGCUCUUUCGGUGAACAUUUCUAUGCUUUAGAGUAAUUUAUUUCUGUGUAGAAAUUUUAAAAAAGUAUCAUAAGGGCAUGAGAAUGCUUUAUACAUCUUUCUCAUAUAGUGAAACAACGUGUGUGAGCCAGCAUACUAGGCCACAUGAUGAGGUGACUGUAAUUGAUUCUUAUACAUCCUUACUCUCUAAACAGAACUGCAUAUUUAGUGAACAGAUUGAUUACCUUCAGUGUGUUUAUAUGUAUAUACACUUUGUACAUAUGUGACAGAUAGGGGUGUAUUUAUACAUAAACACACACACACACACACACACACCAUUUGAGCAUUAAAGGUUAUUGUAAGGAAUGGUUCUUUUUUCUGACCUCUUGUAUACUUUAAAACCCAGAGAUAAAAUAUUGCGUGUGUUACAGGCAUACUUAUCCUUGAAUCUUUAGUAAUUUAGUUUGUAGAAGGGAUUCCUGGAUCUUUAUUAUUAAGCCUUGCCUCCUCUUAUUCAACAUUAUAUGAAUUGUUAAGAAUGUAUAUGAAUUGUUGUUUAAUUUAGCUUUUCUAUACCAUUAAGAAGCCAAGACUCAUAUUAGUUAAGUAACUGGCAUGUUACAUGGCAGCCUAAACAUGUUUUAAAUUGCAUUGGUUUUCUUACUCUAUUCUAUUAUUUAAUGAGCAAUUUGUGUACUUUCAAGUUGGAUUUCCUUGUGUUUUUAUUUAACAGAUGACUUGCAUAUAAUUUCCUUUUCAUGAAAAUAGUAGUUAAGGAAAUAUGAGCCUAAAUAUGUCUGGCACUGGAAAUUUGUAUGUAAAUCUCCUAGACUUGGGGGUGUGUUCCAUUUAAGAAUACACCAACGAUUGAGUAAUAUUUUCAGUUUUCUCCAAAAUAUUUGCUGUUAGGUGAGUAACCACUCAGUCUGAUUCUUCUGGAAUAUAAUCAUUCUCUAAGGUUGCUGAAUGCUCAGUGGGUGUGGCAUUCACCCAGGUCACUAGCCUCUUUCCUGCUUCAUUGCCUAGAAUGCCCUGACCCCUGCACCCUGGAAGAGUGAACGCAGCUUCUCCACAUGCCUUAUUCCCACUGACGCAUUGACAUGCUGGAACAAUCUGACACCAGAAGUACUAAUACAGUUUUUCUGAGACUGUCUACAAAAUACUAUUUUGUUAAAACUAUGCCUUUAAAUAGACACUGAUGGGUUAUAUUUGUUUUAUAAAAAGUUGUGUACCUAAUGUUCAAUUGUGAUUGAUUUUGAGAUUAUAUAUAAAUGUAUAUUUAUAAGCCUGUCCUCUGUGGAUUUUUACUCUAAGAUGUGUGACACAUUACUAAUAAAGAUAUGGGUUUCUAUUUAUGUAAAGUAAUUGUGGCAACACUCCUAACUGCUACCCAAAUGAUUAUCCCAUUCAUUGGCCUCCACACAUACUUUUAUCUUUAGAGGAUUAAGUUAUACUCAGAAUAUAUUAACCAGGAUUAAGCUUUAAAAACAUAAACU